AUGUGUGAUGUGUCCCAUGGUGCAUUGCCUGGAGAAUUGUAUUACGUCAGAAAUGGAUUCGUCAACGACUAUGCCCUCUCCUUCAACCUGCCAAUCAAACCGGAAAUAACCGAGGUCUACUUCAGCUGGAUUCAUGACGUCACCAAUCAGCUGACUGUUGUUCCGGCACAAAAAUUGUACACAGACCAACUGAAUACCGGGCAUUUCACAUCUGUGUUAGCUUUGUUCCAGCUGGAGUACAACCUGACGAUCACAACCUCAAACAUUCACGCCAUGUAUCAGCCCAUGUCAAAUAUUCCAUCCCAUGGUCUUGUGCCUACUAAAUUAUCUAGUUUCUCUGUCCAUCUUCUCUGUACUGGGGUUAUCUUUGCAGAGGUUGACGUGAAGAUGACGAUGGCAGUCGCCUCGACUGACAAUCCGGACAACAGAAUUUUCGUCGACAUUCGGCGGAAGAAAAACUGCCUAAAAGAUGGCAGGCCAGUCAGUGACGUGCCUGUGACGUCAUCGCCGGCUUUUUACAUCGGAGUUGGGUGUGCUUUAGGGUCUUUGGUCAUCGUCGGCGUCGUCAUGGCUACCAGUUUCCUGUUGUGUAGGAGGUGCAGACAGGAAAAAGAUUGCAAACAAGCUAAAACAAAUCCAACAACGGACUGCAGAGUGAGAGAUCGACUAAAUUUCUUUGUCGGGGAGGAGAGCAGAGACCCUCUGGUCACUCCGACUGGAAUGGACACUUUAUUAACAACGAGCAAAUUGAUGAUGAUCAAAAGUGGCAACAUCAACAACAACAUCAUCAACAACAACAACAACAACAGCAACAACAACAGCAACAACAUCAACAACAGCAAAAACAGCAGUUGCAACAACAAUGACGUCAUUCAAGAAUUUCCAUCCCUUACUGACAUAAGAAUCGAGCCCUGUCGUCUCUCUCUUAAAGAAGUUAUCAUGCAAGAUGCCCUGACACAAGCAAGCAGUAGGCUGGACCGUUUCUUAAGGGAAGGUACGCUACUGCUAGGACUACAACACGAUAACAUCAACAACAUCGUUGCUGCUUGCGUCAUCAACAGCAGCAGCAGCAACUACAACGGCAGCAACAGCAGCUACGACAACAGCAACGGUAGCUGCAACAAUGUCAAUAUUAACAGGCCAUUGCUUGUUUAUCCUUAUAUGGACGAUGGCAAUUUGAAAGUUUAUCUUCAAACCAGAAUGGUUAACGGGAGUAUUCUAAGUCUGGAGCAACAAAUGUGUCUGAUAAUUCAGCUAUCAUCGGCUGUCCAAUACCUCCACCGUUCAAACAUCAUACACAAAGAUGUCGCCGCUAGGAACUGCUUCAUCGACAGCUGCAUGACCUUGAGGCUGUCGGACAGUGCCCUGUCACGUGACCUAUUUCCGGGCGAGUACGACAGCGACGGUUGCUACAGCAAUCCCGGAAGUUUUGAAGUGGAGAGCCGGCCGUGCAGGUGGCUGGCUCUGGAGGGUCUCUCCGAUGAUCUCUGCUCCUCCGCCGGUGAUGUUUGGUCACUUGGAAUUGCUGCUUGGGAGUUACUAACAAUGGGACAGCUACCCUACCAGCACCUGGACACUUGUGACCUUUUGACCUACCUUAGGGAAGGCUAUAGACUGCCCAGGCCUCAGAAUUGCCCCAAUAAUUUAUACCUCUUGUUAUGUGAGUGCUGGACAGCUGAUCCGUGCUCGAGGCCAUUGGCCUCAACGCUACAAACAUCCCUACAUAAUUUGUGCAUGUCCAUAGUUCGCAAGAUUUGAUUUUUUUUUAUAAUUUUUGUUAAUUUUAUAUCUAUUCUUUUUAUUUCUUCUUGAUUGUAAAUGAAUUUGUUAAAAAAUCAUUUUUUGUCUUUUUACGCAUCUUUUUUGGGUGAGUUUUAAUAUGACGGUAGUGUAUGUAUGUAUAUAUAUGUGUGUGUACAUGUAUAUGUGUGUUUGUGCGUCAUAAUUAAUAGUUUAUUCAUCUAUUUAUCCAUUCAUUCAUCUAUUCAUUCAUUCGAUCGUUCAAAAAAAUUUCAUCACAUAUUCCAAAGUAGCUUUUCUAUGCUUAUUAGGUACAUAGAGACUAUCAUUUCUUUGACUUAAUCGUCGGAAUUGUUACAGUUUAUACUAUAAUUCAUUAAUUAUUAUUAUUUUAUUAUUAUUGCUAUGAUUGUUAUUAUUAUUAUUAUAUAACUAUUAUUUUGAAUCGUUCGUUUUCUCGUCAAGAACCGUCCAUUUGAAUUGAGUAAUGAAUAUUAAUAAUAAUAUUUAUUUAUUAAAUAUCAUUAUUAUUAUUGCUUUUUAUUAUUAUUACUAUAAUUAACAACAAAUUCGCCAUUUUUUAAUAAAUUUCGUUAUUACAAAAUACAUAAAAAAAAAGAUUUUGUACGAUAAAAAACUAAAGUGAA